AUUUUCUAUUAGUAGUUGUAGCAACUAUCUUUUUUUCCUCCAACAAACUGCAUAAACGCUUUUUCAUUUUCUGUAACUAAAACUUUCAGAACAACAUUUGAAUGGACCUGAACAAUUUUAAUUUUUAUUAUUAUUUUUAGCCGAUCUAAUACUUUUUUUUUCUUUUUUUUUAAGAAAAAUACAAAAUCAAAAGAACAUCAAAACAUUUUUUAGGACAAAAUGAUUCCUUGUAAUUUAGGAAAUUACCUCAAAUCAAUUAAUAAUGAUUUCCUUUUUUUUUAGUAGCAAUUACUUUUUAAGCUAUUUACAAUGUUUUAAUGUAUUUUUUUUUUAAGUGUGAUGCUAAAUGUGUUGCUCAGUUUCUUUUGUGUCAACAUAGAUGUUCUCCACUUACAGAUAAAGCCACCCAUCCAACUAACAGACAAGAGGACUGGGAGUACAUCAUUGGCUUCUGUGAUCAGGUUAACAGAGAGUUGGAAGGCCCUCAGAUUGCAGUGCCUCUGCUUUUGCACAAAAUCUGUUCACAAGAAUGGGAGGCUCUUCAGGCUCUGACGGUACUGGAGGCCUGUAUGAAGAACUGCGGGACGAGGUUUCACCGUGAAGUUGGAAGGUAUCGAUAUUUAAAUGAGCUGGUAAAACUGGUUUCUCCAAUGUAUGCGGGUACAAGUACUCCAGACAAGGUGAAGAAGAGGAUCAUAGAUAUGCUGUGCAGCUGGAGAGUUGCUUUUCCCAACGAAACCAAGAUCAAUGAUGCCUACACGGCACUCAAGAAGCAAGGCUUAGUGACACAUGAGCCGGAGCUCCCAGUGGACAAGACUCUGAUUCCUUCUCCUCCGACACGACCGAAACACCCAGUCUUUGACAAUGAGGACAUGGGCAAGCUGCUGGCUGAGCUCCUUCGAAGCAAAAACCCAGAAGAUCUUCAAGAGGCCAACAGGUUAAUCAAAAACAUGGUGAAGGAGGACGAAGUUCGGGUGCAGAAGGUCACAAAGCGAAUGCACACUUUGGAGGAGGUGAACAUCAACGUCAAGUUACUGACGGAGAUGCUGUCACAUUAUGAUAAAGACAACUCCAGUGACUCGGACAGAGAGAUCAUAAAGGAGCUCUAUGAGCGAUGUGACAAGCUGAGGCGCGCUGCGUUCAAGAUGGCCACCGAGGCCGAGGACAAUGACACCAGUUUAGGUGACAUCCUCCAGGCGAGCGAUGACCUCUCCAGAGUCAUCAACUCCUACAGGAAGAUUGUUGAGGGACAAGUGGUCAACGGUGACGGUGAUGAGCCUCAAAGCUCGGCUCCUUCAACAGAGACUACAGAUACGUUGGUUGACCUUGGCGGUCUCGACGCUCAAAGUUCUCCACGCCCCACACCUCCUCCCUCCCAAACAUGCCUUUACGUCCCAGACGCCUCAAUUUCUGCUAUCCCGGUGCUGCCUCCUCCCCCCAAACGGGCCGCCGGCUCCCUCGGCAGUCAGAGCAGCAGCCCGAGCCACCCGUCCACAGACAAGACCUCCACUGUACUCUCUCUGCUUGACGACGAGCUGCUGUCUCUCGCACUGAAUGACCCUCCGACUUCUGUAAGCAGCCACACAAAGCCCAAUUUGGGGGAAACCUCCAGUCAGUGGACAUCCUUACAGGCCCCCACCGCAGGUCUGGACAUGUUUGGCAGUGUGGCAUGUUCAGGUCCAGCCGUGCCUACAGUGGAACCAGCCGCCACGCAGAGUCCACAGAACCUCCAGAAUCUGGCUAUGAUGGGCUUUACAGAUCAGCAAAGAUUGUCCAGCCAGAUGACAGCAGCAGGAAGCAUUUUUGGAAUACCAGCAGCACCGGCCCCGACCUUCAUGCCUGUGCAGAGCGCCCAUCCUGCAGCUUCACUUUUCCACAGCACAAUGCCCAGCUCCCCCGCCUUGUCCCGCACCCAGAGUCAGGCCGUGGCUCCAGGCAGCCCUGUCUUCCGCUCCCUGUCCCCUUGCCAUCCACCCCUCCAGAGCAGUCCAGACAGAAGCGCAGACAUCUCUCUCAGCAAUGUGCAUGUUCCUUUGGAGGCCAUCAAACCCAGUAAAGUCUUACCCGUCACUGCCUAUGAUAAAGAUGGGGUCCGUGUGCUCAUCAACUUUGCGUCCGAUUCUCCUCCGGGGAGACCUGACGUGUUGGUGAUGGUGGUGUCCAUGCUCAACACAGCACCCAUGCCUGUUAACAAUGUGGUUCUGCAAGCUGCUGUGCCAAAGUCAAUGAAGGUGAAGUUGCAGCCUCCAUCAGGAACAGAACUGGCCCCCUUCAACCCCAUCCUGCCUCCAGCCUCCAUCACUCAGAUCAUGCUGCUGGCAAACCCAACAAAGGAAAAGGUGCGCCUGCGCUACAAACUGUCUUUCACACUUGGAGAGCGUCUGUGCAACGAAGUAGGAGAGGUGAACCAGUUCCCCCCACCAGAAACAUGGGGACAGCUAUAGCGGCAUGAUCCUCGCUCAGUGUUUGUGUGCUCUCGUUCAUUCCAGAAAGACAGGAGAGGAUGUUGGAUUUUUUUAGCUUUACAUUUCUUACAUACAUGUUCAUUUUUUUCAGUGUUGUUAUUGGCACUGCAGGGUUAACAGAAACCUUUGUGCAGUUAUAAAACUAAAGAAAAUAUUAAAUUCAGGAGUUUUCGCAAGCCUUGAAUGCAAAGCAGAAUUUGACUGAAGCUUUAUUUAACCAAUGUUUGCACUUUUAUUUCUGUAAAAUAAUGUUUACAAACCUCCAGACAUGUGAAAAAUCCUCAAGAGUAUAAAUAAACAAAAUGUCAUAAUGUUUUUAGAAAAGUAUUCAACCAGAAUAGUUCCUUUCAAUUCCCUGGUGAUUAGCUUUAGCUAGCUAACCUUGCUAGCUUACAGCUUCAAAUUUACCCAUUUAAGCUCAGUUGUUUUAUGUUUUUUGAACAUUUUUAACUUACAAAUAAUGAAGGGAAAGUGCGUCACCAGGGCCUUAGCCUGAAAUGAAAGCAUUAUAUUUCAGUGUACGUUCAGGGUCAUUGGUAUAAAUGGUAACAAACAAAAGGAGUUCAAGUCCCACUCUAAUCAUCUUCUGAGAUAUUUUGAAAGCAUUCCCAGUGAUUUUUUAGCAAUUAAUUCUGCUCAACUUUGGCCCUGUGGCUACAUGUUUAGCUGAUUAGCUCAGGUCCUAAGAUGUUGAUUAUAAUUAUGCUGUUUUUAGCUAAAUUUUUACUUUCCACGACAGUUUCUGCAGAGUGGCAGUUGUUCAUUAGAAAUUUGCCUCAGAGUUGUGGGCAGGACUGUUGUCGCAGUCUUUCUGUCACUGAGAGCUCAAAGCAGAGAGAUGUAGGGUAUUUUCUAUUGCAAAUUAGCUCUUUUUCCAACAGUAUUUUUUUCAUCUGCUCCUGAUUCACGAUUUGAAAAAAUACAUUCUCAGAAAUGCCAUUUUGAGCUUAAUUUUCAUUAUAAGUCUCUUCCAUUAUUAAAAAAAAGCGACAAGAACAUUUUAAAAACGUGAUUUUCAUGAAUGGGUUUUUAAUUGAUUCACUUGAAUUCUUUUUCUUUUAUUUUGAGACUGACCAUUUUGUUUUGCAGUUUGGGAGUGAAUGUGUCUUGUGACAUUAGCAGAAUAUUUUCAACACUUCUAUUUUAUUAGGAUAUCAUGAUCUGAGAGUGAAAGUGUCCUGAGUCAAUGUUGGAAUGGAUGUACAGAGGUGUUUCAUGUAAAUAUUGUGAGAUGUGUCUGUUUACUGUAAAUUAUGGAAACGUAAUGUGCCAUCUGUUUGCUGCUUGAAAAUAAAGAAUAAAAAAACUUG